AGCAACAGAGGAAGAAGUGUUUCUGGAGUGUAGGAGUAGUGGCAGGAGAAGAGAGGAAGAGGAGUUACAGCCCCCUUGGAGGGAGCUGGCUGGAAAGAGGGGGCGGAGAGCUCAGUCAGCGGAGCUGCUCUAGCCACUGCUGCGGGGAGUCUGGGCAGAAGCAGAGGGAGGCGGGGAGGGACUCACGGGGCGGCCGACACAGUCAGGGCACCAGGCGGGCGAGAUGCCGCCGCUGCUAGUGCCUUACUAACUUUCCCGGGGCGGAAGAGGAGGAGGAAGAGGUUUGAGCGUGGUGGGGGCAUGCGGAGAAGCCGUCAGUUCCCAGAGCCCAACACCUAACUGCCCUUAGCACGUUCGCCCCACGGGGCAGCGAGCGAGGCGGCGGCGCGGCUAGGAGCGGCCCAUGUCCAGCGCGGGAGAAGCACUAGCUGCUGGGCCGGCGGGGCCGCACUGCGCGGCCGAGGAGGGUGGCGGCUGGCCGCGCGCCCCGGCCCAGGAGAAAUGUGCUAAAGAAGAUGCUGAGGAGAAGCUAACUCCUGCUGCCAGUAACAGCUUUACAUGUGGAGAGAUGCAAGACCAGCCCAUUUGGGGACAUUCUUCAGACGAUGAACUUAUCAGAACCCAACCUCAGCGCUUGCCUCAACUUCAGACUUCAGCACAGGAAGCUAGUGAGGAGGAAAUAGGCAAGAUCAAGAACAGCCACCCAAGUUUGAGCAAUGGAAAUGGAAUUCACCACGGGACCAAACAUGUAUCUGCAGAUAACCGAAAAUUUUCAGCACCUGUUUCUCAAAAAAUGCAUCGAAAAAUUCAAUCCAGCUUGUCUGUAAACAGCAAUAUCAGUAAGAAGAGUAAAGUAAAUGCUGUCUUUUCCCAAAAGACAGGUUCUUCACCUGAAGAUUGCUGUGUCCACUGUAUCCUGGCCUGCUUGUUCUGUGAAUUCCUGACCCUCUGCAAUAUUGUCCUGGGACAAGCUUCAUGUGGCAUCUGCACCUCGGAAGCCUGCUGCUGUUGCUGUGGAGAUGACAUGGGGGAUGACUGUAACUGCCCUUGUGACAUGGACUGUGGCAUCAUGGAUGCCUGUUGUGAAUCAUCAGACUGUUUGGAAAUCUGUAUGGAAUGCUGUGGAAUUUGUUUUCCUUCAUAAAUAUUUAUCUUCUGUUUGUGUUAAAA